GGACACGAUAAGCUCAAUGAAACUGAUCGCUUUGACACUACCAAGACUUCCCACGAGGAUCCUUAAGCUCCUUCUAACACAUGUCAAAAGCUGCCAGUGCUGUCGAUUUGUAGAGAUUGACUACUCAAUUCUGUCGUCACUCGUGAGGGACGCUUCAGUCUCAGAAUGAAGUUCCAGUCAAUACGACGUCCUUCAGAGGCCAUGCUGCCCAGGCAAUUCCACCGCUUGUUGCCCGUCUUGGUUGUGGGCUUUGUGUUUUUCCUUUACCACAGAGCCAUCGCUGGCCCGGGCGAUAGCACGCCGUCACAGACAGAAAAGUUCCCUAGGAAAAUAUGGCAGUCAUGGAAAGUCAGUCCGCUGAGUUUCGAGACAAGAGACAUGGAACGAGCAUUGACAUGGACGACCAAAAAUCCCUAUCAUCGAUAUGAAGUUCUGACCGAUGAGAAUGCUCUGGGCUAUGUGGAGCAGUACUUUGGACCCUCUGGAUUCAACCGACCUGAUGUCGUCUUCACAUACAAAUCACUCAAGGACAAGAUCAUCAAAGCCGACCUGCUGAGAUAUCUCAUCAUGUACGCCGAAGGUGGCCUCUACGCCGAUAUCGACGUCGAAGCUUUGAAACCAAUUGCGGCCUGGAUCCCCGACCGAUUCAACGAGAGAGAUAUCGAUAUCGUUGUGGGAAUCGAGACCGAUGAGCCCAGCUUCAUUGGACAUCCCAUCUUGGGCAAGAAAGCCCAAUCCUUUGUUCAGUGGACCUUCCUAUGCAAACCUCGACUUCCUGUCAUGAUGAGACUGAUCGACGGGAUCUUGAACUGGCUUAAUCGCAUUGCCAAAGAGCAAGGCAAACCCAUCUCGGAGAUUGAAUUGGAUUUCGAUGAAGUUCUGAGCGGCACGGGACCGUCAGCGUUCACCUCAGCAGUGCUAGCAGAGAUAUCAGCGGUGACAGGAGAGCAGCCUACUUGGACCCCCUUCCACAACAUGUUUGAAGCAAAGCUUGCUGGCAGAACGCUGGUCUUGACGGUGGAGGCAUUUGCUGCUGGAACAGGUCACUCGGACUCUGGCAACCACGGAUCGAAGAACGCACUGAUCAAACAUCACUUCCACGCGUCAUCGUGGCCGACUAGCCAUCCUCGCCACAAGCAUCCUCUGUAUGGUGAAGUGGAGAGGUGCAACUGGAACACCGAGUGCGUCAAGCUCUGGGAUUCUAACACGGCUUUCUUCGACAAGCUGCCAACUCAAGAGCAACUCAAACUGAUCGCUAUGAAGGAGCUUGAGGAGGAAGAACAAGCCUUUGUAGACGCUGAGGCUGAGGCGGCUGCUGGGGCAGCUGCUGAGGAUAAUGUUAUUCCACCGGGCGAUGUCGGUGGUGCUGCUGCUGCAGCCGCUGCCGCUGCCGCUGACGCCGUAGCAGCAGCUCAGGCGCCCAUUGGUGAGUCUCCUCCAGAGCCGCUGUUCCAUGGCAUGGCACCAGGUGUACCCGGAGCAAUCCCCGCUGAAGACAAGAAAGGUGGCAGAGCUUGAUGAGCAAACGCUAGAUUUUCUUUCGACAACCACCUAUAACAUGCACCUGAUGAACAGCUUGGACCAGUGGAGAAAACGGUCCACCAGAUCUAAAGCCGGUGAGCUACUACUGUGCCACACCGCGGAUUGCAUUUUCGACCGUUCAAGGCCUCUGGUUCCUAAUUUACACGUACGUACACACACGCACACGAUACGACUCUCUCUGGCCUUCUGUUUACGCAGAGGCUACUUUUCCUGCUUGGGAUUUGGUUCGGGAAGGAAAGGCCCAUGACACAUCAUCGACGACAGAAGAAAGGAAUUGCAAAGCCUGGUCUGAGGUUGUUAUCCAUUCGAGGACAAGGAUCUUUUUUUACGGCUUGGGCAUCAUCAAUAUCGGUGCCGGACUGGAUAUCCCACGCGCAUCCCCCCCGCCGUGCUCGAGGCUCCCGCCGAUAGAAUGCUUCUGGUGACACUUUUCUCUUGGGGGUUUGUUUUUGAUUGUCACAUUAACGAAGGAACAUAACUGUAUGGAGCGGUAGACAAGGGGUAGAAUGGGAAUUUGCAACUCGGAUGUUUGGAUAGGGGAGCCUGGAAUCUGGACUACUAUCAAAUGAUGACGACCUAGACUACAGUACAACUUUUGAGCUCUUACAUGUUAUUGUUUUUGGGUCUGGUUUUGUCUUCUUCGACCAUGAUGACCACUACUAGCCCAUGAGAUGUAGCAUUAAUGUCGUCACGUAUUGGAAAUGUCAAACCCAACAAUAU